GCCGGGUCCCAGCAGGCCCUGCGCGUCACGCCGCCGCGCAUGCGUCCUUGGCAGGUCCGCUCGCAGUGAGGCGGGGCGAAAGGACGUUUUUUAUCUUGCUCCCGCCUCUGUUCUUCCCCCACCUGCCACGUACAGACUCGGAGUUCUUGCUAGGCUCGUUGGGUCAGUGCGAUUGGCCGGUGCCCGCGCGAGCCUGGGAGCGAGGUGCGGCAGGCGCGGAGGGCCGCCGAGCGGGCCGUGACCACCGCCCCACCGCGACGCCCCAGUCUUUGGAGACCCGCAGAGAGACGGCGGCCGCGGCCUCCGCAAGCCGUCUUUGUCUAGAGUUCUAUAUAUAGAACAUCCUGGAGUCCACCAUGAACGGACAGUUGGAUCUGAGUGGGAAGCUCAUCAUCAAAGCUCAACUUGGGGAGGAUAUUCGGCGAAUUCCUAUUCAUAAUGAAGAUAUUACUUACGAUGAGUUGGUGCUAAUGAUGCAACGAGUGUUCAGAGGAAAACUUCUGAGUAAUGAUGAAGUAACAAUAAAGUAUAAAGAUGAAGAUGGAGAUCUUAUAACAAUUUUUGAUAGUUCUGACCUUUCCUUUGCAAUUCAGUGUAGUAGGAUACUGAAACUGACAUUAUUUGUUAAUGGCCAACCAAGACCCCUUGAAUCAAGUCAGGUGAAAUACCUCCGUCGAGAACUGAUAGAACUUCGAAAUAAAGUGAAUCGUUUAUUGGAUAGCUUGGAACCACCGGGAGAACCAGGGCCUUCCACCAGUAUUCCUGAAAAUGAUACUGUGGAUGGUAGGGAAGAAAAGCCUGCUUCUGAUUCUUCUGGAAAACAGUCUACUCAGGUUAUGGCAGCAAGUAUGUCAGCUUUUGAUCCUUUAAAAAACCAAGAUGAAAUCAAUAAAAAUGUUAUGUCAGCGUUUGGCUUAACAGAUGAUCAGGUUUCAGGGCCACCCAGUGCUCCUGCAGAAGAUCGUUCAGGAACACCCGACAGCAUUGCUUCCUCCUCCUCAGCAGCUCACCCACCAGGAGUUCAGCCACAGCAACCACCAUAUACAGGAGCUCAGACACAAGCAGGUCAGAUUGAAGGUCAGAUGUACCAACAGUACCAGCAACAGGCCGGUUAUGGCGCGCAGCAACCGCAGGCUCCGCCUCAGCAGCCUCAACAGUAUGGUAUUCAGUAUUCAGCAAGCUAUAGUCAGCAGACUGGACCCCAACAACCUCAGCAAUUCCAGGGAUAUGGCCAGCAACCAACUUCCCAGGCACCAGCUCCUGCCUUUUCUGGUCAGCCUCAACAACUGCCUGCCCAGCCGCCACAGCAGUACCAGGCGAGCAAUUACCCUGCACAAACUUACACUGCCCAAACUUCUCAGCCUACUAAUUAUACAGUGGCUCCUGCCUCUCAGCCUGGAAUAGCUCCAAGCCAACCUGGGGCCUAUCAGCCAAGACCAGGUUUUACUUCACUUCCUGGAAGUGCCGUGGCCGCCCCUCCAAGCGGGCCUAAUCCUUACGCACGUAACCGCCCUCCCUUUGGCCAGGGCUAUACCCAGCCUGGGCCUGGCUAUCGGUAAGGAGGCUCAUCUGCACCCAUUAACGUAGCUGCUGGCUGUCGGCCUCCCAAAAGACUCCAAUACUAUUUUAAUUUGUAUUGAAGUUCAGAAAUUUAAAAAGCAGAGCAUUUUUUAUCAUUGUUGCUGUUAAUUGAAAGUAUCAUUUGCUGGACCACAAAGACCAAAAUGAAAGUUUUUUCCUCCCUGCUUAAAAAUGUAGCAGCUUCUUAGUUACUUUGGAACACUACUCUUACGUGUAUAAAGUGAGUGAGUGACUUUCUAGCUUCCCUUGUCCAGAGGAUAUUAAAAUGCUAGGGUGAGGUUUAGCCAUCUUACUUGGCUUUUUACUACUAACAUGAUGUACUAAAGUAGAGUCCUUUGAGAAUACAACUAGAUAUUAUGUAUAAAAUGUAACACUGAUAGGUUAAUAAACAUGAUCGAAUCCAUUA